AUGACAGGGAUAGAUCUUUCGUGCAAUGUACUCACCAGUUGGAUACCACAUGAGCUAGGUAACUUGACAAACCUGCACGUCUUGAAUUUAUCUCAUAAUAAGUUGUGGGGACGUAUACCUGCAAGUCUUUCAGGUCUCCAGAGCAUUGAGAGCUUGGAUUUAUCAUACAACCAUCUAAAUGGAAGCAUUCCGACUACGCUCACCACACUGGACACUCUACAGGUGUUCAAUGUCAGCUACAACAACCUAUCCAGUAGCAUACCGUAUGGAGUCCACUUCACAACUUUUGAUGCCAGCAGCUACCAAGGAAAUCCUUUCCUUUGUGGAUCUCCUUUAUCCAAGAACUGCACUACAUCUGAACCGCCCUCCAUCACAGAUAGAAGUGCAUCCCAAGACAAGGUUGAAGAUAGAGACUGGAUCGACAUGGAAACCUUUUAUGUGACCUUCAUGGUAUCUGGUGUAAGUUUGCGUUCUCUUGCUAAGGCUAUCUGA